UGGGGUUUUUGGACGUUGAUGGAGGAAGGGAAAUCAUCUGUCCCGCUUGUCUGGACCUGUUUCUCGUCGUCGUCGUCGUCGUCGUCGUCGUCGGACGCGUCUUCUCUGUUAGGUCUUUUCCUAUUUUAAACAGCAUACCAAAUUCCUCCCACUCUGUCUCAAUUCCAUUAUACCCUUUCUCCAUUUCCCUGUAAAUUCCCCCAAUUCAAUAAUCUGUCACCCAACUCCAUUUCACACUCUCGAUUCCCCCACAUCGUCUCCUUCCCCAUUAACCCCAGGGUUUUAAUUUCAUCUCUUAACUCCUCGAUCGCUAGGGUUUCGAUUGAAAUCAUCCCUCCUCUGGGCGAUUCUACCUUGUUCUUCUAUUACUUGUGCUUGAUUUCGCUAAUUAGUUCAUCUGGGGCGUUUGAAUUUCGUCCCAGUACUUAUCGCGAGCCUCUGGGAUUGCUGAAUUUGAAAAGGGGAUGCCCUUGGGGUUUUUGGCUUGACAGUCUUCUUUUUAACAGCUUAUUUGAUUAAGGAGGUUUGGGAUUCAAGCCUGCACUGGUUGCCCAUAUAAGACGAUGUUAGGUCUGAAUUGCAACCCCUUCCCUACUACCAGCUGUUUCUUUCAUCGGGCCGAAUGGCAUCCGUUGGAAUAGCAUACCGGACACGGGCUUGCUGGCCCUUCUUCGCUUUUUAAAUCAGGAUAGGGUUGUUUUGUUGCUGAUAAUUUCAAUAACUACUUCAAAUUUGAGGUUUUCAGGAUCUCAUGUACAAAAAAGGUUUCUCUAUAGCCAAAAUGAUGGGCUGUUGUGGUUGCUUCGGGUUUACAAAAAAACCCAAAAGAUUGCUGAGACCUGCUUCUGGCUUCAACCGCCUUUCUGAGGAUUUUUUGUUGGGUGAAGAUAUGGAAGAUGAAGAAAGCUGCUCGUCUCAAGAUGAUAUGGCCAGUACUACACAUGAAGAAGAAACUGACACGCAUUGCCGUGUCAAAAAUUCAGAAGAGAUUUUGCGGCAUAGAACGCAGAACGGUUUGAUUUGCCGGCACUUUCCUGUCAAGGAGACAAACACAGUUAUUCGUUCAGAGGAUGAAAAUGGAAACAAGACGGUCAAUGAAUAUGUUCGUGAGUGUAAGAUUGGUUCUGGUAGUUAUGGGAAAGUGGUUCUAUAUCGAAGUCGUGUUGAUGGAAAAUACUAUGCAAUUAAGGCAUUUCACAAGUCUCAUUUGUCGAAGCUGCGAGUUGCUCCUUCAGAGACAGCUAUGACUGAUGUUCUUCGGGAGGUUUUAAUCAUGAAAAUGUUGAAACAUCCAAACAUAGUAAAUCUGUUUGAAGUGAUAGAUGAUCCAGAUGACGAUCGCUUUUAUAUGGUUCUUGAAUAUGUGGAAGGCAAAUGGGCUUGUGAGGGUUCUGAUCCACCAUGUGGUCUAGACGAAAAUACUGCUCGGAAAUACUUACGUGAUAUCGUCUCAGGGCUGAUGUAUCUUCAUGCUCAUAAUAUAGUGCAUGGUGACAUCAAACCUGAUAAUUUGUUGAUAACUCGCGACGGUACAGUGAAGAUAGGGGACUUCAGUGUUAGCCAGGUUUUUGAGGACGAAAAUGACGAGCUUCGCCGUUCUCCUGGGACUCCUGUUUUUACAGCACCGGAAUGCUGUUUAGGUAUUACUUAUCAUGGAAAAGUAGCCGACACAUGGGCAGUCGGGGUGACUCUGUACUGUAUGAUACUCGGUCGAUAUCCAUUUCUUGGGGAGACACUGCAAGACACCUAUGAUAAAAUUGUCAAUAAUCCAUUACUGCUGCCGGAUGAUAUGAAUCCCCAGUUGAGGGAUCUACUGGAAGGAAUUCUAUGUAAAGACCCGAGCCAGAGAAUGACACUCGACGCCAUUGCAAAGCAUAGCUGGGUGAUCGGAGACGAAGGUCCAAUCCCACAAUAUCUAUGCUGGUGCAAGCGCAAGUCCAAACAAUCAAACUUAGAACCAGAAGAAAACGGGAGUAAAUACGAGGAUUUUGACGUGGGUUCACGUAAUUCGUCCAUUUAGAGUGUGGAUUUGUUGUGUAAAUUGAAAUGUAGAUGGAUUAGGUGUUCUAUGUGCCUCCCUAUAUAGCUCUUGACCAUAAUUUUAUUAUAGUCUUCUUCAUGGGUGUUGUGCAAUUUGAUGGGCAAGGGGAAACCAUGGGGUUGGUUUUUAAGACUUUUCACAAGAGAGAAAUAAGUACAAUUUGUUGUAGUGAAGAAGGUGACCCUUUUGUGUACUUACAUAUUUCUUUUAGAUUCUUUUACCUUUUUGCAUUAAAACCCUACAAAUUAAUGUA